GUACGUACAACAUCUGAUCAAAGUUCCGCGCCUAAAAUUUCCGUUUCAAACAACUUCAAAAGCGCGAGCUUGGGUCUGACGUCACAGGCCACAUUUAUCGUUUUCGCCCGUUUGCUUUGAAUGCAGUUUGCCAUUGCCAGUUGUGCGUGUCGAAUAACUGUGACGUUUGCUCGGUAUUUAUGUUAUUGUAUUUAGUGUAGUUUAGUGUAUUUAGUGUGUAAUAUACUUUAUCAAAAUGGAAAACAAAUCUGCGCAAUAUAAGUACUGUAUAGUGCCUGGAUGCACCUGGAUGCAUCAAAAAGUUCUUUUUUAUGAAAUUACUUUUGUCGUUUCUUGUGUUGAAAAAAGAAACAAGUAACUUAAAAAUAAACAAAACUUAGUAAUAAAAGUAAGAGUAACUAAAAAGUAUUGGUGCUACUAUAGUAUGCGGUCUACAGUCAUGUUUCUACUAUAGCUUGCGGUCUACCGAGGGAUGCUGUACAUGCCUUUCCGAGAUUGGAGCACCUCCAAGAGUAGAAGAAACGGCUUUGCUGCUGGAGUCUUAUAUACCACCGUCGAUGCAAAUUUUAGCGUACUUAACGGAAAUGAUGAAGUAUGAUCUGAGACCUUCCACGAGUCCACCGAAUGGACCAACUACUACUUCAACGAUAAAACCAACGCAGUACCACAGGCCUGGAGUGUAUGCGCCUCUUAAGCCUCCCGGGCCUGAUACUUACUACCAGUCACUUCAAAAAGGUUUAUCCUAUAGAGACUACGUAGACAGUUUAAAGCGCCCAAGUGGCGUUAAUUAUUUUGACAGGUAUAAACAAGACUUAUUCGAAAGCAAAGAAAGAAGUUCUAAAAAGAUAUAUACUGGCACAACCGGUGAAGCUGAACUAAAUUUCAUAGCCCAAUACUUGGGCAAAAACUUCCUGGACACCUACAAAAUCGUGGACGAGGUUGAAAUUGACGUGCCAAAUAAUGUCGAUGAAGAAUCUCAGCAAUUUUUGAAGAAAUACGAUGAUUCGGACUUUAGGUCCGAACUAUUAAGACAAAAGCAGGUGCCACCAACGAGGGCGUAUGUUACACUUUUGUCUUUAUAUGACACGUUUAAUAAAGAAUCCAAACGUCAAGGGCUCAGUAAAUAUCACGGUUACCCACCAAAACUACUCAAGGAACUGGCUGAUCUAUCUACCCAUACUUCAGCCUACCAAUUGCAAUACGUUUUAAAGAAAGUCGUGGAACAUCGUGACACUCCCAGGUCUGAGAUCAUAAAGAAAGUAAACCAACUGGUUGGUGAGUUGGACGAUCCAAAGAGUUAUAUCAACGUGGCGUUGAAGUAUAUUCCUCCCCUAGUGUUUGCUUUGUAAAAGACUGUCUAAGUUUAUAAGUUAGAAAUAGUUGUACUGUAUGUAUUGAUUAUUAAAUCAAUGAAAGAAA